AGCCGGGCGGGCGUUAGAGGCUCUUCGGAAGAAACCGUUUCCCCCACUACUUCGCUGUUCUCUAAAUAUUUCUGACGCACACUAGGAUCAAACGUUUUUGUGUGUUUCGUGUUCAUGUUUUCGGACAGUUGAAGGAAAACGAGUUGAGCUCGAGACACACACAGCAUCCUCCUCUUGUCAGGUUGAGCCUCAUCCGAGCCUCAGGCUCACUGCCCUUCAGCACACUGGAGCGUUUCUAGCACUGUGCACUGGAGUUUGACGGACACAUUUUCUUCUUCGUCUUGGAAGUACACGUUUAAGACUGAGAAACAUCGCUAAAUAUAUCGACCGGAGUCGAGGACAGGAAAUUAAUUUUUCUCUCACAACGCGGUUACGCAUGGUGGGAAUUUCUACCUCUUUUCAGUCAUUUGCUGGUGAAUCUGUCAAUGCGCAUCUGGACUCGUCUCUGAAAACCGAACGGCUCAUGAUCAGGAUUUAGAAAUGAGACAUCGCACUGAGAAGCGCUCCACCAUGCCCGACUCACCUGCUGAUGUGAAAACACAGUCCAGGUUAACUCCGCCCACCAUGCCUCCUCCCCCCACCACACAGGGAGCUCCCAGGAACAGCUCCUUCACCCCCACUGCAUUAACGAAUGGCACCAGUCACUCUCCCACUGCACUGAAUGGAGCUCCAUCUCCACCCAAUGGUUUCAGCAAUGGGCCUUCAUCGUCAUCUUCGUCCUCGCUGGCCAAUCAACAGCUGCCACCGGCCUGUGGUGCAAGGCAGCUCAGCAAGCUCAAACGCUUUCUCACGACACUACAGCAGUUCGGCAAUGACAUCUCACCUGAGAUAGGAGAACGAGUGCGUACCCUGGUGUUGGGGCUUGUGAACUCUACUCUAACCAUUGAGGAAUUCCACUCCAAACUGCAAGAAGCGACCAACUUCCCACUCCGACCUUUUGUCAUCCCCUUUCUGAAGGCCAAUCUGCCGCUACUGCAGAGGGAGCUGGUGCACUGUGCACGACUGGCCAAGCAGAACCCGGCUCAGUAUCUAGCCCAACAUGAGCAACUCCUGAUGGACACAAGCACCACGUCACCUGUCGACUCGUCUGAACUCUUGAUGGAUGUCAACGAGAACGGCAAGAGAAGAACGCCUGACAGAACCAAAGAGAACGGCUUUGAGCGGGAGCCACUCCAUCCCGAGCACCCCAACAAGAGGCCCUGCACUAUUAGCCCUGGCCAGCGCUUCAGCCCCUCCAACGGGCUCUCCUACCAGCCCAACGGCCUGCCGCACCCCACCCCGCCCCCUCCACAGCACUACCGUCUGGACGACAUGGCCAUCGCACACCACUACAGAGAUUCCUACCGCCACCCUAACCACCGCGAGCUCCGCGACCGCCCUCGGCCGCUGGGAAUGCACGGCAGCACUCGCCAGGAGGAAGUCAUAGAUCACAGACUCACAGACAGAGAAUGGGCAGAAGAGUGGAAGCACCUUGACCAUGUAAGAAAACUCCUGAACUGCAUUAUGGAUAUGGUGGAGAAGACACGCCGAUCUCUGACAGUGUUGCGUAGGUGCCAGGAGGCUGACCGGGAGGAGCUCAACUACUGGAUCCGUCGUUACAGUGAUGCUGAAGAUAUUAAAAAGACCAGCAGCUCCAGCAGUAGUCAGUCCAGACAGCAGAGCCCCGCCAGUCAAGAAAGUAAUGCUUUAGACAUCCAUAGGGAGGUCCUUCACAGGCCAGUGUCUGGAUACGUACCUGAAGAAAUCUGGAAGAAAGCCGAAGAGGCUGUGAAUGAGGUGAAGAGGCAGGCCAUGUCUGAGUUGCAGAAAGCCGUGUCAGAGGCCGAGCGCAAGGCCCACGAGAUGAUCAGCACUGAGCGAGCCAAGAUGGAGCGCACGGUGGCCGAGGCCAAGAGACAAGCGGCAGAGGACGCGCUGUCAGUCAUCAACCAGCAGGAGGACUCUAGUGAGAGCUGCUGGAAUUGCGGGCGCAAGGCGAGCGAGACCUGCAGCGGCUGCAACACAGCGCGUUACUGCGGUUCCUUCUGCCAGCACAAGGACUGGGAAAAGCACCACCACGUAUGUGGCCAGACUCUUCAGGCUCAGCAGCAGGGCGAGACCCCCGCCACCGUCAGCUCCUCGGCCACCCCAAGCAGCGGAGCCGGCAGCCCCGCGAACACACCAUCCGCCGCUACUCCUCGCUCGGCCACGCCCGGCACGCCCUCCGCCAUAGAGACCACGCCGCGCUAGAGCCCCGAGUGGGCCGUUCUUGAUGCCUCAGCUGACCGGGGACUGACUCACCUGCCUCACUCGCUCCAAAAUGCUAAAUCUAGCACACUAACAAAGAGAGAAGACUGUACUUAGGGCGAUCACCCACAGGAGGUCCAUUUCGGGUCAUAUUGACUUGCCAUGAUAGAGAACGCAAAGAUAUUCUUUG